UGGCUCCUUUCCCUUCUCAGUGGCAGAGUAUUCUCUGGGCUGGACAGGGUGUCUGCUGGGACCUUGCAGGUAAAUGUGGGGCCAGAGCCACCAGGAAUCAUUUUCUUCCUGGCUCCUCCUCUGCCCUAGCUCCCUUCCUGGGCUGUUCCACUCCCUGGUAUUCUGGCACUUCCUUUGUGAGGAUUCCACCACUGAGUAGAUGGAUCUUUGGGUGUUCCAGUCUGGGGAGUUCUAUGUUGCUACCUCUUUCUAUAUCACUGGUCUAUGUUAUCCCAGCUAUAUGAGUGUCCAUGUGAUCCCUUAGUCUGAAAACCUUUUUGAGGCCUGUCUGCGCAUUGCAGAGCAGAGCAUGUGUGUGUAAAGCCAACAGACCCCGGCACUCGGCAGGUGGGAUUGAAUCUGCGAGUUUAGAGGCUAAAUCCAUGGGCAUCUACAGCAUGAGUUAAAAGCCAACUGGCUCUCAGCUAAGGCUGUCUAGCAAGGCUUCUGGCCCAUGAAAGCUCAUCACCUAAUAAACCAUCUUGUUAGUCAUCACCUAAUAAACCAUCUGUUCACCUAAUAAACCAUCUAAUAGUCCUGUUUUUUGUUUCAGCUACACCAGACUAACACAGCUACAUUUCUAUCACUAGCAAACUUCAGUCUCCCUUGCUAGUGUCUCAUUGCCUCUGGGUUACAUAUGUAUAGAUUUUUAAUCUUACCAGAUAUAGGAGAGGGGGGAUUAUCUCAGAAAGGUGUUGGUAUUGAACACCAGAGGCUGCGAAUCUACAUCUGAAUAGAUUGUGAAAUUGAUGUGUGAAUUUUUCAUCUCAGCUCCCUCACUCUCACACUUAAAGAGGAGGAAGAGGAAGCCAGGUUUUAAUUAGACUAAACUUGGUAUGUGGUAGGAGCUAGAGAUACUCAGAGACCUAAUGCUGACUUGAGUCCUUGUUAUAAACCCUGUUCAUUGCCCCAACCCUCCCAAGUUGUCUACUGGUCUGUCAUGGAACCACUCUAUUCCUUUCUACCAGGUCUUUCUGGGGUGCUGCACAGAAAACUGAUGAAGGUCAGAGUCCAAACAGUGCUGGAUGCUGCACAAGGGCAUAAUGAGAGAGGAUCAUUGCCCUGAAGAACUCAGUCUAAUUGGACACAGGAAAGCUAAUUAGCCUUAGCUGGGGAAAGCUGAGCUCUAGAGAGAUUCAGGCCCUGUCUGCACUGUGAAGGUUUGGUGACAAAAGUCCCGUUGACAUGCAAAAGUUGCCAAAAGUGAAAACCCAUCAAACCAUUUCUUCUGCCUCUCAUUGUGGACAUGUUUUAGCCACAUUGCUAGCACCCUGACGACAGACAGAGCAAAGCAAUGUGGAUAAACAUCCCACAGGGCGGUGUUGUGGAAAGGCAGAGCUGAUCCCUGCACUUCUUGGGAUUCUCUUGUAACUCUGUGAGCUCUCUGUGCUGAGGAAUAUCAAAACAGCACAGCAGUCUCUCUUGCCCUCCCCCUGCAGAAGCAGUAGUCUGCUAGUGCAGGGCCAAACAGGAGCAUUUGAAUGAUUUGAUCUUUGUCUGUUCCCCAAAUGGAGCACCUCACUCAGCUGUCAGAUACUGGAUCUUUGACAGGGGAGGGGCACAUGUCUGCAGGGCAGCAGAGAUCACAAAACACUGAGCACAACUAUCAGGGCAGGCAUUGUGAGAUAUUGGCAGAAGUCAGUUCUCUCAACAAAACAAACAUCAGAGUCCACACUGGCUCUUUGUUGACAAUAAAGGGAGGGAAAAAGACAAGUCUCUCAUGGGGUGAAGUGUUUUUCCUGACAACAGUCACACCACAGUGUAAAUGCUCUCACUGUUCUUGUGCCAAAAGGCAGGUUUUGACAACAAAACAGUCCACUGUAGACAAGGCCUCAGUAACUUUUGCAAUCUCAUACAGGGAGCCAGGAGCAGAAUGUAAAUUCCUGAGUCAAUAGGGACGGUGCCCUUUCUAUAGGGUUAUCCCAUUCUGGCCUGUAAGAUCUGUGUCUUGUUCCUCAAACUCUAUGCACCCAGGUUUUGGAUUGAUUUUUGAUGUGAGAGUUUUGGGAAUUCCCCUCAUAGUAGGGUUGAAUGAGAACCAGCAGAGGGAUCCCAGUAUAAUGGCUCAGCCCAAAAAGCAUAUUGUUGUUGCCGUGAGGCUUAAGGGCACAAGACCAUGACUGAGGGCCCCGUUGAGUGUUGUUAAAUGUGGAACAGGGAGUUGGCUCUGUGAGUGAUUUUGCUACUUUCCCAUCUGUGGUAGCUGGUGCUGAAUCACGUGCCUCAGGAUUCCAGAGAAAUGGUGCCAGCUUCUUUGAAUUUGACAGCAGCAGUCUGGGGGCAGGGCGCAAAGACCAGCUUCUGGCCCCAGAUCUGAGUGGGGGUGCACAGGGAGGAGUUUCUGAGCCCUGGGGUCACCCCCCCACCAUCGAGCUGGAGGGGAGAGAUUAUGUGGGAAAGGAAGACCCAGAGGCUGGCCAGUUGGCUCUGCAGGGGCAGCAUCCUGAAACCUCACAUGUCCUAGGAGAGUAUUUGCACCCCCUCAGCCCAGCACAGGAUGGACCCCCUGCCUCUGCUCUUCUACUUUUGCACAGUGCUGGCCCCCAGCCGUGGAUUCAGCGUGGAUGUGGAGGGACCCACCACCUUCCAGGAGGCAGCCGUGGGGUUCGGGCAGAGCGUGGUGCAGCUUGGGAAUUCCAGCACUGGGGGGUUGAUUAUUGGGGCCCCACUGCAGAUUGGAAAUGUGAAUGAAACCGGCAAAGUCUACAAGUGUGACGUGCACUCCAAAAGCUGCCAGGAGAUCCCCAUCCAGAGGCCUGCUGAUGCCACGAACAUGUCUCUCGGUUUAUCUCUGGCUGCCCGAGGUUCCCAGUUCCUGGCCUGCGGCCCCACAGUGCACCGGGCCUGCGGGGAGAACAUGUACAUCAAUGGCUACUGCUUCCUCCUGGACCAGAACCUCCGGCAGCUCCGGCGCAUCCCGGACAGCCUGGCAGAGUGCCCCAAACAUGUCACGGACAUCACGCUUCUCAUCGACGGCUCGAGCAGUAUCCUACCCAAGGACUUUGAAAAGAUGAAGAUGUUUCUCUCUGAGAUCAUGAAGCGUUUCCGUGGCACCGACACGCAGUUUGCCCUCAUGCAGUACUCCAAUGAAUUUAAACAGCACUUCGACUUCACAGCGUACAGGAGAAAUCGUAAGCCGAAUUACCUUGUCUGGAAGGUUGCACAGCUGGGUGGAUGGACAUACACAGCCACCGCCAUCCGGAAAGUGGUGUGGGAGCUGUUCACAUUUAGGAGUGGUGCUCGGAAUGAGGCCACCAAGGUUCUCAUUGUGAUCACAGAUGGGCGGAAAUUUGGAGACCCACUUUCUUAUUCAGAUGCCAUUCCCGAGGCAGAGAGAGCUGGGAUCAUCCGCUAUGCCAUUGGGGUCGGCCGGGCCUUCUCCAGUGAUGCUGCCCAGAAGGAGCUCCAAGAGAUCGCCUCUGCACCCGCCGACCAGCACGUCUUCCGGGUGGACAAUUUCGACGCCCUCCAGGGCAUUGAGAGCCAGCUGCAGGAGAAGAUCUUCGCCAUCGAAGGAUGGCCCUGUGCUGGGAGCAGUGGGGGCCUAUGAUUGGUCCGGUGGGAU